AUGGCAGAAGAAGCUGGAAGCACGAGAUCAGCCCUGAUCCUGUAUGGCUCUGAGACAGGCAACUCACAGGAGGUGGCAGAAGAGCUAGGUCGUACCGCAGAACGAUUGCACUUCGUCGCCCACGUCAAAGAAUGCAAUGGCGUCAAAGCAGACACUUUGGCCUCCCAUUCACUUGUUAUUUUUGUAGUGUCGACUACCGGCCAAGGCGACUUCCCACUCAAUGCGCGUGGUUUCUGGAAGACGCUUUUGCUGAAAAGACUUCCCGCAACUUUUCUCAGCGGCGUCAAAUAUACGCAGUUUGGGCUGGGGGAUAGUUCUUAUCCAAAGUUUAAUUGGGCUGCCCGCAAACUCCGCAAGCGACUGUCUCAACUAGGUGCCGCGGAGAUAUAUCCCUGUGGAGAAGCCGAUGAGCAGCAUCCAGAAGGACUCGAAGGAACGUUCCUUCCUUGGGCCACUGACCUACGCAAACAUUUAUUAGACCAGUACCCCCUUCCCGAAGGACUUCAGCCCAUACCAGAUGAUGUUCAACUUCCACCGAAAUGGAUUUUGGAAGAGGCGUCUCCGGAAUUCGUCCCUUCGACGGAUCCAGAUCAAGAAAAUCAAGAUCUAUUUCUGGAAGAAGACACAGAGCCCCAUCUAUAUCGCCUUGAGCCUGAUAGGAGACCUAUUCCGGAUACAUUCACGGCAACAUUGACCCAGAACAAACGAGUGACGCCUCAAGGACAUUGGCAGGAUGUCCGACACAUAUGUCUGACCACCUCUGAAACACUUCCAUAUUCACCAGGAGAUAUGAUAUCAAUCACACCCAAGAACUUUGCGGUGGAUGUUGAUGAAAUUUUAAAAUUAAUGGACUGGUCUGACGUGGCUGAUAAGCCUGUCUCGUUUACCCCUGGUGCCUUGCUACAAGACCGACCGAAAGAUCAACUUCCGGCUCCUCCCAUCCCAUAUCUUGUCAACACAGAAUCUUCUCCCGUAACGCUUCGGACACUCCUCACCGAAUAUCUUGAUAUCCGUGCUAUUCCACGGCGGUCAUUCUUCGCCAACAUUGCUCACUAUACCACCGAUGAGCAACACAAAGAGAGGCUACUCGAGUUCACCAAUCCGGAAUUCAUUGACGAACUGUGGGAUUAUACUACGCGUCCACGCCGAAGUAUCCUGGAAGUACUGCACGAUUUCGGUACUGUGAAGAUUCCAUGGCAACAUGCCGCGUCUGUUCUGCCCAUCAUCCGGGGCCGUCAGUUCAGUAUCGCCAGCGGUGGUGAGCUCAAAAAGCUGCCGAACCAGAACAAUGGAACGAAGUUCGAACUUCUCAUCGCAAUUGUCAAAUACAGAACUAUUCUCAAAAAGAUUCGAGAGGGUGUAUGCACUCGUUAUCUAUCAGUUCUCCGGCCCGGGAGCACUCUCAAGGUGCAGCUACAGCGUGGCGGCCUAAAUCCUACCUUAAAGCAACUUGUAGGUCCUGCGGUCCUGGUUGGUCCUGGAACCGGUCUGGCGCCACUACGAGCAAUGAUUUGGGAGAAAGCAGCAAUGAUUAAAGCCUCACGCGAGGGCCAAUCACAUGUCCCAUUACCUAGUAUCGGGUCCUCGAUUCUACUUUUCGGUGGCCGCAACCGUGCUGCAGAUUACUUUUUUGAGGAUGAAUGGAAGCAGUUUGAGAAAGAAGGAGUAUUUGACCUCCAAGUGUUGACCGCAUUCUCACGUGAUCAACAACGGAAAGUGUAUGUGCAAGACCGGAUUCGAGAACAUGCUGAAGCUAUAUUCAAUAUGCUACAUGAAGAUGGGGGGUCAGUCUUCAUUUGCGGAUCCUCGGGUCGAAUGCCACAGGCUGUUAGAGAAGCGCUGAUCGAAUGCUUUCAACACCGGAAUCCAUCUUCUGGGUCGAAUACCUAUCGCCGAGAGCAGGCGGAACAUUUUCUCCUAGAAAUGGAGAAGACUGGGAGCUACAAACAGGAGACUUGGUGA